GGCGGCAGAGCAGCACGAUCGUCGCUUGCCAUGAGCAGCAGCUCCUCGGACUCUCCUCCGACACAGACGCCGAAGUCGGAGCGGUUGGAGCCGGCACCGUCCACGUUCGAGCAGUGCAUACGACAGGCGCAGGGUGCGGUGGAGGACGCCUUCGAGGACGGCUUUAACCUGGUCGAGGUGGAGUUCCCCCCCCUGCAGCAGGACUACCUGGAGGACUCGGGAAGCUCGGCGUACGACGUCUCCAGCGCCAACGUCCGCCUCGCCUCGCGCUUCGCGCAGAGCUUUGCCGCGGAGGGAAAGGAAGUGUCGAUCCUCCUGCCGGACGAGGCGGAGUUAGACCAAGCCGCGGACGACGAGGGUGGGGUGGAGAUCUCCAAGGGGGUCACGCUGCGCACGCUGCGCAGCAGUGGGAAGCGGACGGCGGCGACUCUAGACGCGCUGUUCAUGAGCUUCGUCGGCCGCGGCACCGGGGUGAUCGAGCCAAUAGAGGGGACGGACAUAUACGUGGCCCUGGUGUUCUCGUGCCAGGAGCUGCCCGACCUGCAGGAGCUGAACAAGCUUGUGCCCGACGCGAAGAUCGUGUUCUUUAACCUAAGGCUGGACACUCUUCGGGGCGACCUCGGGUUGCCCGCCUUCCCCCCGAAGAGCCUACACUACGACUUCCUGUCUCAAAUCAAGCCAGUCUACCUGCUCCGCACGCGCGCCUACUCUCGCACCAUCUCCAAGAAGCCCUUCCUAGUCAACUACCAAGGGGCGCAGUUCCGUGUGUACCCGGGAGAAUACCAGUGUCUGCUUGAUGUCGGGAGCCGAUACAAGAGGGUUAGCAACUCGCCGAAGAGACAAUCCCUCGGGGACUUCAAGGACGAGAUCACCAAGGCCCUCAAGCUCGACGAGGAAGAAGACAACGCGGUGACGUCUUUCUUCCGAAAGGGCUUCAAGAACAAGACCUGGUGGGAGGAGGGCGGCGAGGAGGAGAAGUCCACAAACUGGCGGUCAUGAUAGAUUUGUUUCUGAUCUACAUCGGGGUUUAGUUGUGUAUUUGUGACGCACGAUUUUGCUAUUAGAGAGAUCUCGGCCGGCCUUCUGUCUGUCCAACGGCGAACACCAACUUGGAAUGUUGUGGGGUACACCGAAAGGGCGCAGUACGCAUGCACCCGCAGUUUUCCGACAUUGCAGCCUCUGUCGAGCUAAGGAUUUUGGUUGAGACAGUAUCAUCCUGUCUGACGUAGGUGACGACUGUUAAGUUCCUGACUCUGACCAGCGGUGUUCUUUUGGACACCAAGUUGAAAGCCUUUGUCAAAAGGCGUACACGAUCAGCAGCGUGUGUAGGAGGGUGGCAUUCUCUACAGUAGUCAGCACCGACUGCGAUCGAAUGAAGCGAGGAACGAAUGUGAAACCCACG